AUGGGGGAGAAUUUCGAUCCGCAACCUCUUCAAUCUGACUGGUACUCACCAACUCGCCUCCGUAGCAGUCCCGUGAAGUAUGAUUUUCCGGGAGAUAGAUUUAUACCCAAUCGCAGCCUGAUGGAUCUUGAUCAAGCUCGAAGCUUAUUGACGACCAGAACCGAUAAGGAGCUCGAAAAUCCUAAUUUUAAUGAUGAAUACCGCCGGAAAUUGAAAGAAAAUCUGACGUUGGAUGUAGAAGGGAGACCAUUCAGAAUGCUAGUCUUCAGGGGAAGCCCCAAAUCAGACAGAAAAUCAUCCCGUCUUAUCGUUGAGAUGCGACGUAGUGAUGAGGAGGUUCCUUGGAAGAGUAACCGAACUCGAUCUUUCCCCAAGAAGGAAUUGGCUAUUUUGGAUGCACCUCUCUUGGAGAAUGAUUUCUAUCUAAAUGUCUUGGAUUGGGGACAUAGAAAUGUGCUUGCUGUUAUUUUGGGCCCAGCCUUAUACACCUGGAAUGCUUUUAACAAAGCGAUUCAUAAGUUAUUGGAAGUAAAUAGUGACGAUGAUUAUCCCACAAGUGUUGCCUGGUCUGAUGAUGGUAAAAGAAUUGCAGUGGGAUUUAUGAGCUCCAAUGUACAGCUCUGGGAUGCUGAGACUUCAAAGCUUGUCAGAAGCUUGGGUGGGCAUGAGGACAAAGUGGGAUCAGUAACAUGGAAGAAUGGUCAUGUUUUAACCACUGGAGGCAAUGACAAAGCAAUUAUUAAUCAUGAUGUGAGAGCAAGAAACAGUUUGACUUGUUGCGUGAGAGUGCACACUGAUAAAAUAUGCAGCUUGAAAUGGUCAGAAACAGGCCACAUUUUAGCAAGUGGUGGAGAUGACAAUCUUGUGUACAUUUUGCAUUCAUCCAAAAUGAGCUCUUCGCACUACCUGCACUGCCUGAAAGAUCAUUCUUCUGCAGUAAAAGCCCUGGAUUGGUGUCCUCAUAACAGCAGUGUAUUAGCAUCUGGAGGAGGUCUCCAUGACGGCUCUCUCAAAAUAUGGGACGUGCAGAAAGGAGUUUGCAUCAACAGCAUUGAUACGAAAGCUCAGAUAUGUGGGCUGCAAUGGAAUAGGCACCACAAAGAGAUUUUAAGUGCCCAUGGGUGGGGUUCCAUGGGCUCAAAUUGCGACAACCAGCUCUGCUUGUGGAAAUAUCCUUCCAUGUCUCGGAUCGGGUCAUCAGUGAGACAUGAAUCCAGAUUUCUUCACCUAACGCAGAGCCCCGAUGGAUCAACAGUGGCAACAGCUGGAGCAGACCAAUUAGUUCGUUUGUGGGAGGCUUUUGGCCAGCCCCUAGCAGAUAAACCAAGUUCAGGGCUGGAUGAUAUAUUGUCUUACAAGACCAGCCCGCUUAGGUAG